CGCCGCCUUGCAUCCACGGAAUCUCUCUGUGGGCCGUCGCCGUCCCUCAGUCCGCCAACCCAGCGAUCUCUAACGCCGACAAAGACGUGAACAUCCAACAGCGCACCCCAUCGAUCUGUUGUUUUUCCUGUUGAUUCUCGUCAUCUGAGCUAUCCCUCCACAGUCUCGGCCCCGUUCUCCUCCUUGCCAACGGCCACUGCCCAGCUUCCUGCACUCGGUUUCGACCGUCUUGAUCGCAAGAUGGAUGACUAUGCGACCGAGUCUGACAGCGACUACACCAGCUACUGGCGGGAUUGGUUCAUCUCGUCCCGCGGCAACGAGUACUUCUGCGAGAUCGACGAGGAAUACCUGACGGAUCGUUUCAACCUGACUGGCCUCAACACUGAGGUGCAGUACUACCAGUAUGCGCUGGAUCUCGUGACGGACGUGUUCGACCUCGAUUGCGACGACGAGAUGCGCGAGACGAUAGAGAAAUCAGCCCGGCAUCUGUAUGGUCUCGUCCACGCCCGUUAUAUCGUCACUACAAGGGGUUUGGCGAAGAUGCUCGAGAAGUACAAGAAAGGCGACUUCGGCAAAUGCCCGCGUGUAAUGUGCAACUCGCAUCCGCUCCUGCCCAUGGGCCUUUCCGAUGUCCCCAACCUCAAACCCGUCAAGCUGUAUUGUGCGCGCUGCGAGGACACGUACAACCCCAAGUCCUCUCGCCAUGCGUCCAUCGACGGCGCCUACUUCGGCACUUCGUUCCACAACAUCCUCUUCCAGGUCUACCCGGGGCUAAUUCCCACCAAGAGCGCCGAGCGCUACAUUCCCCGCGUCUACGGCUUCAAGGUCCACGCGGCCGCGGCGCUCAUGCGCUGGCAGAACGGCGUGCGUGACGAAAUGCGCCGCCGCCUGCGCAAGAUGGAGGUCGAGAGCGGGUUCAAUGACGGCGAGGACGACCUGGACGAUGACGAGGAGGAGGACGACCCCGAGGAGGAGGAGGAGGAGGAACGGAUGGCUCUUACCCGUCCUAAUCCUGCCGGGGCCGGCUCGUCCGGAGCGUUUGGGGGUGAGGCGCAGAUGGGGAGCGCUGCAUAAGGUGUCCGAAAGAGGAGGUGGUUUACUUCUCCGUUAUUCCUUUUAGGUAAAAGUUUGUGGCCG